UAAGUAAAGAAAGCAAUGGAGAAGGAGAUCCAGAAGAGGUUUGUGCUCGUCCAUGGGCUUUGCCACGGCGCGUGGACUUGGUACAAACUGAAAAUGCAGUUGGAGGCUGCAGGUCACUGUGUAACAGCAGUAGAUCUGGCUGCCUCGGGUAUAAACAUGACAAGAUUGGACGAGAUUCAGACAUUGAUGGAUUACUCCAAACCCUUGCUUGAUAUUCUGAGCUCGCUUGGCUCGGAUGAAGACAAAGUGAUUCUUGUUGCUCAUAGCAUGGGAGGCAUACCCGUUGCCAUGGUUGCGGACAUAUUCCCUAGUAAGAUUGCUGCUAUUGUCUUCGUGUCAUCGUUCAUGCCCGACACAAGAAACCCACCUGCUUAUGUUCUAGAAAAUCUGUCCACAAGCAGUAGUACACAAAUGGAAUGGUUGGACACUGUGACUGGAUUCUACGGGAGACCUGAUCGUCCUCUACGGUUCGCUCUUGUGGGACCGAAGUCCAUGGCCAAAUAUGCCUAUCAAUUAUCACCUCUUGAGGACCUUGUAUUGGCGACAAUGUUGGUGAGAGCAAACCCAGUAGUUACAAACAAUCUGGCAGGGACAAAAAGCUUUAGUGAGGAAAGGUACGGAUCUGUUACACGUAUCUACAUCAUAUGUGGAGAGGAUAAUAUGAUACCAGGAGAUUACCAGCGUUGGAUGAUCAGCAAUUUUCCUGUAAAAGAAGUAAUGGAGAUCAAAGAUGCAGAUCAUAUGGUAAUGUUCUCCAAGACUCAAGAACUAUGUGCUCGUCUCUUGGGGAUUGCUGAUAAAUAUGCGUAA